AUGUUUGGCUCAACAGCUAACUCGCACAAUCAUAUGCAGUUAUCUCCGCGUUCUGCAGGUCCUUAUAAAAGUGACUACAUAUAUACAGACACGUACACUCCCAUCACCACCAGGCUAUCUCAGCUCAGCUUGCGCACCAUGGAAUCACUCGUCGAGGCUCGAAAAACAAUUGGAAAAUGGGCGCUGACGUCCUUCUUUGAGGGUCUGUCGGCUGCUGGAAAACUGCACCCUCAGAGUGAUCCCAAAAAGCACGGAGUGGAGGUUGUGAGUAACAUCCGGUACCGCGAGACCUCGCCACCGCAAAAGUCGCACUACCACCUGCUGGACGUCUACCGACCCAUCAAGCGAGACGGACCUCUACCCGUGGUUCUCUAUGUCCACGGAGGAGCCUUUCGAAUUCUCUCAAAGGACACGCACUGGAUCAUGGCCCUGGCGUUUGCCCGAAGAGGAUACGUGGUGGCCAACAUUAACUAUCGACUGGCUCCCGAACGCCCCUUUCCCGCCGCCCUCGAGGACUCGUGCUACGCCUUUAAGUGGGUCAUCGACAACAUUGCAGACUACGGAGGAGACGUGUCACAGCUGGUGCUGGCUGGAGAAUCGGCUGGAGCCAAUCUUGUGACUGCUCUGUCCAUCUGUGCCACCUACGCGCGACCUGAACCGUACGCUCAGAUGGUCUUCAACACCAACGUUGCUCCCAAAGUCGUUCUUCCCGCAUGUGGAGUGCUGCAAGUGUCAGACGUGGACCGGUUUGCACGUCAGAAGGAUAUCCCCACCUGGGUCGUGGACCGACUCGAAGAGGUGGCGUUUGGAUACAUUGGACGCAAGGCCACAGCUAACGUCGGAGACAGGGACACAGAAUUGGCCAACCCGCUAUUGAUUCUUGAGUCGGACGUGGAACCAGUACGACCCCUGCCUGCGUACUUUGCCACCUGUGGAACGAAGGAUGUUCUUAUCUACGACACCAAGCGGCUCAUCCCCGCACUGGAGAAGCAUGGAGCAGUUGCAGAGGCCAUCUAUUACCCCGGAGAGAUCCACGCCUUCCAUGCCUUGUUGUUUAGAAAGGCCGCAAAGAAAUGUUGGGUUGACCAGCUGCGUUUCACCAAGCGAAUUCUCAACAAGGACAAGGAGAAGGCAAAGUUGUAG